AUGGAUUCUCCUCCGUUCCUAAAAGUUAAGCUACCCACGAUAGGACCCUUUCACGGAACUACCAAUCCAGACGAUCACUUAUCGACAUACAAGCAUCAAAUGUAUGUUAAGGCAGUCGAUAAUGCUACUUGGUGUAAGUAUUUUCCAACUACUUUGAAAGGGGUAGCGCAAAAGUGGUUCAAUAAUCUUCCUCCUAACUCAGUGAAUAAUUUCACAGAGCUUAGUAUUAUGUUCACUAGUCAUUUUGUAGCAAAUCGGCAGGAACAGAAAACUAGCAUGCAUUUAGGGAAGGUCAUCCAAGGACCAAAUGAGGCUUUAAGAAGUUUUGUUAAGAAAUGUAAUCUAGAGGCAUUGCAGAUUCAGGAUCUGAAUGCAGGAGUGGCCUUCGACGCCUUCAUCAGGGGUCUGAGGCCAGGAAGUUUCAAAUUUGAUCUGGUAAAGAAAAAUAUCACCACUCUUGCCGAAGCCCUCAGGGAGGCUGAAGCAUUCAUUCACGCAACAAAAGUAUGUGCAGAGGCAAAACAUCCAGAAACAACAAAGACUGAAGAAGCAGUUCAGCAAAAAAAAAACAAUCUCAAGAAAGCUGAAAGUUGGGGAUUGACUUUAAUGACGACCUCAUCCAGAAGAAGUAAAAGAAGUGAACCAGCAGCGUUGGCGGAACCUAUAGAAUUCAGUAAAGAUCAAUACUCUAUUCUUAUGGAGAUAAAAGAUCAGCAUGAAUUAAAGGCGCCAGCUAAAAUAAAAACUCCCUAUCGGAAUAGAGACAAGAGCAAAUAUUAUCACUUCCAUAAAGAUUGUGGCCAUGAAACAAAUGAAUGCAAGCAUCUGAAGAGAGCCCCGGAAGACUUGGCUCGCAAAGGGAAGAUGAAUUCAUACCUACCCCAAGGGGGAAGAAAGUUUCAGAAAAGGGAUGACCGUCAGAGCAAGAGAAAAGAAAGUGAAAGUACUGAUGAGGAUGUAGUGCUCGUCAUAUCUGGAGGUUUUGCAACAGGAGGUCCAACCAACCGGGGCCAUAAAAAUUACUUGAGGGAACUCGACUACAUCAUGCUUACCAAUCAAGCAAAAUCUGACCCCUUUCCAAAGGGAGAAAAGUCAGAACAGCCAAAGGCAAUAGAUAAUGAAGCGACCGAGAUUGUGAAAGACCAGCUGGAUGAUCUAAAGGUUGUGGUGGAUAGAUCUCAAACGAAGGCCCCUCAAAUGAGCAAACCGUCCAUUCUCUUGCCGAGCAAGAAGAGGAAGUGUAUGGCCAUCAAAGAAGAAAAAGAUUCAUCAGAAUAG